AAGAAGACGCAGAAACGACAUGGACGGACGUCGCGCUGAGUCUUGGGGCCGAGCUCAUGGUUCGCGUACGCACUGCAGUCGUCGAUCAGCUCGGAUACACCACUUCUGCAGGUAUUGCGUCGAACAAAACCCUGGCCAAGUUGUGCUCCUCCUGGCGCAAGCCAAACAGCCAAACGACCAUGCGACCCGCUGCUGUCGCCAACUUCUUACGCGACCUUCCUUUCCAAAAGAUUCGCUUCCUCGGCGGCAAGCUUGGAAACGCCAUCUCGACAGAGUGGGAGUCAUCCACUGUCGGCGAUCUCUGGUCUAUCAGCCGAGAGGAGAUGCAGGCCAGAUUUGGAGAAGAGAGUUUGUGGGUGUUUAAUGUCCUGCGCGGCAUCGACCACUCUGAAGUAAAGGAACGCGUCGCGACCAAGUCGAUGCUAGCAUCGAAAAAUGUCAGACCGCCGAUUCGUAAGACGGCUGACGCCAUGCACUGGCUCUCCAUCCUCUCCACCGAGCUAGCCAUCCGUCUGCGCGAAGCGAGAGAAGAUAUGCCUAAUCUGUGGCCGCGCACGCUCAUCUUUCGCUUCCUGCGUGCAGGCGACGUCCCGCGAAGCAAGCAAGUCGCUUUCCCCUUUGUUCGUGACUUGCAGGGCCAUGACAUCCUCAAAGCCGCAAAGAAGCUGUGGAACGAGUCGGCAGGCGACGCGCUUGGGACGCCAGAAGGCUCUAUCCGACCCGCGGAGAUUGUCAGCAUCAGUCUUGCCUUUUCGCAGCUAGAAGCCGGUGAGACAGGGCAGAAGAGCAUUCAAGGCUUCUUCCGCAAGAGGGAAGCUUCAACUCCGGUAUUUGUGGAAGGAUCUACGAAGGCAAAAGAGUCGGAUGGGAACGACGAAGCGUCUAUCAUGCUUUUUGGCAUUUCUUGCGACGAAGUCCGGCCAGUGCGCAGUGAGCACAAGAAACGCAAAGAGCCGGGCGGGCUCGAGCUUUUUGCCAAAAAGCAGAAGCUGCAGCUGAGAGACCAUGUGGCGGACGCGCAUGGCGAAGGCGAGGGCAAAGGCUCUGACGAGUUGACGUGGACAUGUGAUGAAUGCGGGAAAGUCGUACGCCAGGCAUUCGACGCUUCCGCUGCCGACGACAAUCUUCGCUGCUUUGCUGAGCAAACAUUGGUGUUGCAAAAGCAAGAUCACCAAGAUUGGCACUUCGCAGUGGCUUUGUCGCGUGAAGAACUGGCCGCGUCGUCUAACCCUCAACAGCAGCAUCCGGGGCAUCACAGCUGCUCCUCUGACCCUUCCUUAUCCGUCUCGUCCACAACGAGCAAGAAGAAGAAGAAAGGCUCAGCCCCUUCAGAUGCCAAGCAAAAGAAAGAAGGAAUCACGUCAUUUUUCAGCAAAAAGUCAUAGAUCUUCUCGCCAGCAGUAGCAUGGUGUAUGAAAGCAUUGCACAAUCGCAUUCUUGUCUUUCACUGUCGCUGCUCCGUUUGAGUCUACC